CUUCAUUCCUUCUUCCGCCAACUAUUCUCUCUCUACCUCCAACUCCCUCUCAAAAAUCAGCAACAACAACAACAACAACAUUCACCAUUAUUCAACUUUCACAUUCACAACCAAAAAAAAAACACUCCCACUUAUUUCAUCAUCAUUCACCACCCUCCUCUUCUUCCACGUUUGCAUUUUCUUUUUUUUUUCUACUAUCACAUUCACGCACACACAUACACAAAAAAGCCGUUGACGGCCCCUUACCCCAUAUGAAUUAUAUCCUCUUUUAUCAUUAUCCUCCAUUGUCAGCCUCUUUCCUUCAUUCUUCUGUUAUGAGUAUAUCAUCAUUCUACCAUUAUCAUCAUUUGCAGCUUUUCUUUUUCUUUAUUAUAUCAUACAUAUUUAUGUGUUUUGAAUUUGCGCCUUACCCCCACCCCAAACACACCUCCAAUAUGAUUUCUUUUUUUUUUCUUUUAUGUAGUUACAUUAUAUAUGUUUUUUUAUCAUUAUUUGCCCAAGCAGUUACUUUCAUCCAUAUACCUUUUUUUCCCUCCCCCUACCUUUUUUUUGUAUAGAGCAUUUUUUCUCCCUCCCACCAAACCGUUUUUUUUCUCAUUAUUUCCGAGCGAUUAUAUAUAAUGAAAAAGAAAAAAAUAUAUAUAUACAUACU